AUGGCUUUUAGACUACGGAGACGCCUGUCAGCGGAAGAUAGACCAUCAGGGUAUCCUGUCUUAUAUUACAGUGCCUUACCUGAAAGUGGAUUUGUUUUACAGAUUUUCUACCUAGACCAUUUAUGCAGGCAUCCUGUGAGAUGGGAUGAGUUUCCCAGGAUCAAAUUCUGGACACAGGAGGAAGUGGAUGAGGCCAAGAAUCGGGAUAGGAAAGCGAGUGAAGAUUAUGGAAGGAUUACGACUGUUGAUGUUGUGUACGGGGAUCCUCAUCCCCUUUACGACAGGGAGGGUAGACGGUCUCCCGUAGUAGAGGUUGCUGAGAUGGUAGCACAGAUGACUUCUUCAGAAUGGAGACGCACCCUAGCUCAGGAGGUCACAGAGAUGGUAUGGGAAGUUAAACGCUUUCCUCAAUUUUAUGUUGAUUGGGAUAAUUUUCAAAUAUUGAGUGUUAGUGAUAAACAGGUUAUGGGGCAGCUUGCUCCAUUAUUGCAAGAUCGCCGGGGCGUAUCCCGUGAAAGAGGAAUGAGGUCAUAUCAUGCUACCGAUCAUUUGACGAUAGAUGUUGAUGGUGUGGCUAUGCCGUUGGACAAGUCUGUCAAUAAGGUGCUUACAGAGUUGGAUGCCGAUGACGAUUCCGAUGUGGAGUUGCAACCGUCUGAUGGGGGACGUGUAUUUGUGGGCCCUCAUGGGAGUGUGCCAGUUAUGAAUCCCCUAGACCCGGUCAGCCACGGUGAUGUACCUUUGGUCCACACUGCUGUCAGCCACGGUGAUGUACCUUUGGUCCACACUGCUGAUGAUGUUGGUGUAGUAGCAACUGACCCAGAAACAAGCAAGCACCCGGUCGACCAGACACAUCAGCACGGACAGGUUCAAGCUGGUGACGGGCCACCUUCAGAUGGAAUGUCAUCGGAGAAGGUGGGACAGCUGGGUGUAGUUGAAGACAAAGAGGAUGAUGAAGACAAUGGUGAGGAGAAUGUUGAGGAGCCGGAAGAGCAGGAUGGUGGCGUCAAGGAUGGGGGGCCGAACAAUAGGGAUGAUGACGAUGAUGAGGGACCGGCUAAUGGUCCUGUGCAAGGAACGGUUGCAGCAUCGCCCUUGGAGAACAUCGCUCAAGAGAACCCCUCUGAAGAUAAGAACAGUGAAGAGAACACCAGUCAAGAUAACCCCACUGAAGGGAAGACCACUGAUGAGAAUCUCCAAACUGAUGACCAAGAACGACCACGGGAGAAAUUGAUCCUAAGGAUUCCGAGAACAAACCCAAAAACACGCUAUCGGCAGACGCGAGUACGAAUGACAAAACUUGAGAGUGACGUAGUAGCUUAUGUGGAGUCAUACAAUCCUAAAGGGAAAGAGCAGGGGGCCAUGCUUAUCGAGUGUGAUGGUAAUGAUGCAAAUCGGAUGAUGUGCUACUCGGUUGUCCGUCCUAGGGAGUACGUGCAUUCCCAGUACGUUCGGGCCGUUGCAAACAUAUACAACAGGGAAUGGGCUCUGGAAUACCCAACGAAUUCUCGCAGAAUCAUGCUGGACUCCUCAUUUGCGUAUCAGAAAUUAAAGACGAGGGAAACAUAUGCUGGUCUGCUGAAGAAGUGGUCCACCCCUCUCCAGAAGAUUGUGUCAGCUGAUAUAUCUGUGGUCUAUGUUCCAGUUGUGGACAACGGACAUUGGUGGCGUGUUGCUUUUGCACUGAAAGACCAGAAGAUAUGGUUCAUUGACAGCAUGUAUACUAAUCCUGCUUCCGAGCAUUCUGGGGAUGUUAAAAAAUUGGUAUCUAAUCAUGUGAUAUGUAGUUUUUACUUAGUUUUUACUUAA